AUGAAUGGAAAUACAGAAUCUACAUCGAACAGCAUUAAAUUUGCGCCAGUGCCGAUGUCGGCACUACUGGCCAAUUUGAUGCCACAGCAGACAGAUUCACCCGAUACUAGUUAUACAACGGAUGAAAGUGAUUCGUUUUCCGAAAUUGUGACUAAUUCGACUCCACAGUUUAAGGCAUCAAACAACUUCAAGAAAUUCUCCUCGGAGAGAAAAUUUGUUAGUUGUGCUGAUAAAGAAAACACGGAUGCUAAUGAUAAGUGUCGUUUGAUUAAAGAGUCGCAAAGCGCCCGCAAACCACCUAAGUGUAAUCUGAGUCCUAUUUGCGAUCCUAUUGCGGAGAAACCACGGCAAAACGUACCUUUAAUACCCCUGAACACGAACUCUAAAAUUCCACACAGCAAGCCAAGCUCUGUACAAAAGCGAACGCCAGAAAUCGCUAAACAGAACAGCGUUAAAAAGACAAAGCUUGCAACGCCCGUUAUUAAGUCUGGAGUACGGAAAUUUACGCCCGGUUCAGCUAAACAUAGCAAUAAAAAAACACCACAGCAGCAGGUCUUACAAAACAGAGAAAAGGUGAGGUGUGAACUCUUCCGACAGAAGCAAAAGGAUGAUCCUGAACCACCAUCUAACCCAGCACCACCAAAAAAUGCCUUACCUGUACCUGAAACCCCCCUUAAUAAAAAGCAGAUGCCUCAGUCUUAUGCAGCAACACCAUCAUACCCUCAGGGCAUUGGUAAUAAUGGUGUAAAUAACUCAAAAAUUCUAUUGAAAACAACCAGUAUCAGAGAUAAGAAGUAUCUGUGGAUUAAAAAACUGGGAACUGGUGGAUCCAGUGAAGUUUAUAAGGUACUAGAAGUUGGUACAUCUUGCGAGUAUGCAGUUAAAUGUGUGUAUUUAACAGAUCCUGAAUUAGCUCAAGGCUACAUUAAUGAAGUGAGACUGCUCCGAGACUUACAGAAUUCAGAUAGAGUCAUCAAAUUAUAUGAUUAUGAAUAUGACAGACCAAAUCAACUCCUUCGCAUGGUGCUAGAAGUGGGUGAGACAGAUCUGUCGUCAUUUAUGCGCGCGCGCGGUGCUGGUCUGCCACCAGCUCUUGUUCUCCACUACUGGGAGGAAAUGCUGCUUGCUGUUAACUAUAUACACGAGAAUGGUGUUAUCCACGCUGACCUGAAACCAGCAAAUUUCCUCCUUGUAUGUGGUCGGUUAAAGUUAAUUGACUUUGGUAUAGCAUCAGCAAUAAGUGGUGAUGCGACUAGUGUGGUACGAUCGCAAGCAGCUGGGACUUACUCCUAUAUCAGUCCAGAAGCACUAAUGGGUGGUGCUGGAGGGUACAACAGUAGCUCGAAUAUCAAGAUCUCGUUCAAGUCGGACGUGUGGUCGCUGGGGUGUAUUUUGUACAGCUUGGUGUACGGACGCACUCCGUUCGGACACAUACCCAAUCUGGCUAAGUUGGCCGCAAUCCUGGACCCAAACCAUCGCAUCGACUACCCUCCGGCUGAUCAACUACCGCCAUCAUUGAUAUCAGCUUUAAAGUGGUGUCUGACGUACAACGCACGGGCGCGACCAUCUGUUCGCGAGUUAUUGUCUCUACGGCAUCUGCAACACUCCGGCAAACCGCUCCCGAAUGAAUUAGUUGAACGGCUCAAAACGCAUGUUUCUCCAGAGGAAUAUCGUCUUUUACAAUCGGCUAUUGUACGAACGUGA